UGUGUGAAUGGCAUGUUCAAUUUGAAUAAGAAUGUUCGCAUAGUAAUAUAUUCUUAUCUUUAAGGUACGGAAAAACAUUGAAAAGGCACAGGGGAAACAAAAAAAGGCUUUUGAGGCAAAGAAAAGGAAAGGGGUUCGCCAGUGCUCAGUUAAGGCAGGGGACGAGGUCCUAAUUGGGGAGCCCAAAAAGAAGGUGAAGAAGGGAAAUUGUUUACAGGAUCUCCACCAAGGGCCAUUCACCCUCACAUCCCUGACAGAGAAGGGUGUGGCAAGUGUGGCUAUGUUAGGAAAAAUACAGAAAAUGAAUGUUGCACAGCUAAGGCCCUACUUUCGGCCACAAGAUCAUAGCCAUGAAUCGGAGGGCAGCCAAAACAAUGCAGAAGACAUUGGACUGGUGGACCACCAGUAUGCCAAUAAAGGUCCACUGUGGCACAAGAGGUUGUGUCCUCAACAAGAACAAGUGCUGACCUAUGUGCUGGACAGAACACGUCCAGCAAAAGAAAUUGUUGUUCUGGAUGGCCCAGUUUGUCUUCAAAGGGAAGACUUUUGGAGCCUGGGGCUAGAUGAACAGGUGGAGAGCAGUACAACUUGCAGGAGCAGUGGCUAAUGGACCGUGGGUGGAGAAGACGGGCAAAGAUUUUGAUCCAUUUCCAGUUCAGUCAGAUGGACAGAGCUGUGGGAUAUUCAUGCUUAUGUAUGCCCUCUGCAUCUGUACUGGUGCCAUGUUUCACUUUUUGGAUACUGACAUACCAUCUAUUCGGAAGUGGUGGUGUCUCCAGAUUCUGGAGAAAUUCUCGAUCGCAAGGCAUGGGCAGAACUUCGGGCAGCGCUUUGCCUUCUGGACAGAGGAGGCAGAACAGCUGAUGGCAGGCACCCUACCACCUAUUUAUAGGAUUUCUCGACCCCAAAUAGUCAAGGAGGAACAGGUAGAAGUGGAGGAGCUGCCCCUCACAUUGAAACAUAUGUACCAGGCAGAAUACAUCGUGAGGAACAGUAUUGGGCUUUUCACUGGCCAGGUGCAAGAACCAUCAUACAUGUUGAUGGAUCAUGAUGACCAAAUGAAAGCGUGGAGGGUGCUGAUGGAGUCGAGGAAGUGCUAUGCCAUGGAGCCUUUCACGUUCAUUUUUGAAAACAUUCAGGACAUGGAAACCUUCAUGAUUAUUUGCAAAGACACCCUCAACCUGAGAGUAAAUGCUGGAGUUGGGGUGCACAGUCACCCCUAUACAUUUUGUUAGUGUGU